GUGAGACUGCCUGUCGCACCGCGUCGCCCCCUGCGCCGCCGCCUUGCCCCCAGUGGCGGGCGCCCUUCUCGCUCGAAGCACUCCCCCCAGCUCCAUGAAUGGAAAUCGGCUCCGCAGGACCCGUUGGGGCCCAGCCCCUACUCAUGGUGCCCAGAAGACCUGGCUAUGGCACCAUGGGCAAACCCAUUAAAUUGCUGGCUAACUGUUUUCAAGUUGAAAUCCCAAAGAUUGAUGUCUACCUCUAUGAGGUAGAUAUUAAACCAGACAAGUGUCCUAGGAGAGUGAACAGGGAGGUGGUUGACUCAAUGGUUCAGCAUUUUAAAGUAACUAUAUUUGGGGACCGUAGGCCAGUUUAUGAUGGAAAAAGAAGCCUUUACACAGCCAAUCCACUUCCUGUGGCAACUACUGGGGUAGAUUUAGAUGUUACUCUCCCUGGGGAAGGUGGAAAAGAUCGACCUUUCAAGGUGUCAAUCAAGUUUGUCUCUCGGGUGAGUUGGCACCUACUACAUGAAGUACUGACAGGACGGACCUUGCCUGAGCCACUGGAAUUAGACAAGCCAAUCAGCACUAAUCCUGUCCAUGCCGUUGAUGUGGUGCUACGACAUCUGCCCUCCAUGAAAUAUACACCUGUGGGGCGUUCAUUUUUCUCGGCUCCAGAAGGAUAUGACCACCCUCUGGGAGGGGGCAGGGAGGUAUGGUUUGGAUUCCAUCAGUCUGUUCGUCCUGCCAUGUGGAAAAUGAUGCUUAAUAUUGAUGUUUCUGCCACUGCCUUCUACAAAGCACAACCUGUAAUUCAGUUCAUGUGUGAAGUUCUUGACAUUCAUAAUAUUGAUGAGCAACCAAGACCUCUGACUGAUUCUCAUCGGGUAAAAUUCACCAAAGAGAUAAAAGGUCUGAAGGUUGAAGUGACUCAUUGUGGAACAAUGAGACGGAAAUACCGUGUUUGUAAUGUAACAAGAAGGCCUGCCAGUCAUCAAACCUUUCCUUUGCAGUUAGAAAAUGGCCAAACUGUGGAGAGAACAGUAGCACAGUAUUUCAGAGAAAAGUAUACUCUUCAGCUGAAGUACCCACACCUUCCCUGUCUGCAAGUGGGGCAAGAGCAAAAACAUACAUAUCUGCCACUAGAAGUCUGUAAUAUUGUGGCAGGGCAACGAUGUAUCAAGAAGCUAACGGACAAUCAGACUUCCACUAUGAUCAAAGCAACAGCAAGAUCUGCACCAGAUAGACAAGACGAAAUUAGCAGAUUGGUAAGAAGUGCAAAUUAUGAAACAGAUCCAUUUGUUCAGGAGUUUCAAUUUAAAGUUCGGGAUGAAAUGGCCCAUGUAACUGGACGCGUACUUCCAGCACCUAUGCUCCAGUAUGGAGGACGGAAUCGAACAGUAGCAACACCAAGCCAUGGAGUAUGGGACAUGCGAGGGAAACAGUUCCACACAGGAGUUGAAAUCAAAAUGUGGGCUAUAGCUUGUUUUGCCACACAGAGGCAGUGCAGAGAAGAAAUACUGAAGGGUUUUACGGACCAGUUGCGUAAGAUUUCUAAAGAUGCAGGAAUGCCCAUCCAGGGCCAGCCUUGCUUUUGCAAAUAUGCGCAGGGGGCAGACAGCGUGGAGCCCAUGUUCCGGCAUCUCAAGAACACGUACUCUGGACUACAGCUCAUUAUUGUCAUCUUGCCAGGGAAGACGCCAGUAUAUGCGGAGGUGAAACGUGUAGGAGAUACACUUUUGGGUAUGGCUACACAGUGUGUUCAAGUCAAGAAUGUAAUAAAAACAUCCCCCCAAACUCUCUCAAAUCUGUGCCUAAAGAUAAAUGUUAAACUCGGAGGGAUCAAUAAUAUUCUUGUACCUCAUCAAAGACCUUCUGUGUUCCAGCAACCAGUGAUCUUUUUGGGAGCAGAUGUCACUCAUCCACCAGCUGGUGAUGGAAAGAAGCCUUCUAUUGCUGCUGUUGUAGGUAGUAUGGAUGCCCACCCAAGCAGAUACUGUGCUACAGUACGAGUUCAGAGACCCCGACAGGAGAUCAUCCAGGACUUGGCCUCCAUGGUCCGAGAACUUCUCAUUCAAUUUUAUAAGUCAACUCGAUUCAAACCUACUCGUAUCAUCUUCUAUCGGGAUGGUGUUUCAGAGGGACAGUUUAGGCAGGUAUUAUAUUAUGAACUACUAGCAAUUCGAGAAGCCUGCAUCAGUUUGGAGAAAGACUAUCAACCUGGAAUAACCUACAUUGUAGUUCAGAAGAGACAUCACACUCGAUUAUUUUGUGCUGAUCGGACAGAAAGGGUUGGAAGAAGUGGCAAUAUCCCAGCUGGAACAACAGUUGAUACAGACAUUACACACCCAUAUGAGUUUGAUUUUUACCUCUGUAGUCAUGCUGGAAUACAGGGUACCAGCCGUCCUUCACACUACCAUGUUUUAUGGGAUGAUAACUGCUUUACUGCAGAUGAACUUCAGCUGCUAACUUACCAGCUCUGCCACACUUAUGUGCGCUGUACACGAUCUGUUUCUAUACCUGCACCAGCGUAUUAUGCUCACCUGGUGGCAUUCAGAGCCAGAUAUCAUCUCGUAGACAAAGAACAUGACAGUGCUGAAGGAAGUCACGUUUCAGGACAGAGCAAUGGGCGAGAUCCACAAGCUCUUGCCAAGGCUGUACAGAUUCACCAAGAUACCUUACGCACAAUGUACUUUGCUUAAAAAGUCCGAGAAUAUUCUCUGAGAUGAACAAUUGAAAGAUGAAUUGACAUACACCGUAUGUUUCCAGUGGAGUCCAUUGAGUGGGGAUGCCUCCAGCCAUACAGAAACCAACACUGUGGGGACCAGGGUCUGAUUUUUAUGUUGAUACAAGGAAGAUUGUUUACUUUAUCAAGGGACACAGCACCAUUAUGCAAUAUGAAACCAGCCAACUGCUUUUUUGUGCGGUCUCCUGUAGGAAGUAUCGCCAUUGUUUUGUUUUCACUUUCUUGUAGUGUAACCCUUUUAAUGCCUUUACCUCAAGUUGCUUGGCAGCACAACUAUCUUUGCAAAAAAAAAAAAAAAAGGAAAAGAAAGAAAGAAAAGGUGAAUAAUGGUUUUAAAAAAACACACCUACAUGAAUAAUCAGUGAUUGUUCACAAUUCUGUGUGCAACAAAAUUAAUGUGUAUUCUUGUAAAGUAUCUGUGUAUACUUUAAGUGUAUACAUGUAUACUUCAUAUGCAUAUAUAUCUGGAUCUGCAUUGAUAAUAGAUAUAUAUGUUCUUUGUAUAUAUUUUAUAGUUCAUUCCAUUGGGAAAUUUCUUUCCCUUUUAUUAUCCUCUCACCACCACUUUUAUUUCUUGCUCCACCUCCCUUGCCUCAUCAUCUACAUUUUUUUUCCUUAAUGCUACCAGUGAUACUCAAAUGUUCAUGUAUCUGGUUCAUUUGAAUAUGAAGCAUGGCAAACUA